UGAGAUGCAAGGAGCUUCCUCCAAAAUGCGAAAUAUGAUUGUUAACCCUGACUCUUCUGAUGAAGUAGACAACCUGAAUGAAAAAAAGGGCAAAAGAAGGGCAAGAAAGGAAAAGAAAAAAAAGUCAAACAAAGUUGACUCUUCAUCCUCUUCCAAUGAAUCAGUGUCUUAUUCCACCUCUGAUUCAUCUGUUUCGUCUUCACCCCACAAAUCAAGGAAACAUAAGAAAAAAUCAAAGAAAGCUGGACAAAAAAUGCAAAAAAGCAGAAGAGUGUUUCUACCAGAGCAUGCAAUCCAAAGAUAUAAAAAGGUCCUGCAGUACUUGCAACAGGGAAUCACCAAAACGCUGGCAUACCACAAGUGUGGGGUUGACCGCAAAACAAUAGUGGAUACUGCAGCGAUAGCUGAGCUAGAGGCUUGUGACGGUGAAGCCUACAAGACCUUGCGAGAAACAUUCCACAGAGGCCAGAAACUGUCACAGUUUGCAGAACAAUGCAAAGAAAUGUGCAUGAAGGAGCCACUUCAAAGUGUCAUUGAGCAAAAAAAGAAAAAUGGCUUGCUCAUUGACCUUUGCCAAAAACAAAAGUAACUUUUGUUCAAAAGUGUGUUAGAGAAACAUUGGCAAGGUUGAAGUUCAGGCCUUGGGAGUGCAUACACAUUAAUUUUAUUUGUUGACAUUUUAUUUGGU